CACAGCUCUGCGGACUUCUUUCCUCGUAGUCCGCAGAAGUGAACACUAUUUCUCUUACCAUAAUCAACAUCGCUCUACAUUCUGCCUAUACGUCUAGUGCAACCCUCGUCAUAUUCAACGCCUGCGACCGUAUUCCUGGACAAAUGGAUUCCCAGGUUCUUCAAUUACAAUUCCCUGAUAAUUUCGACUCGGUUCCAGAACUGGACCACUGGAGAUGUCUACGAUGUUCAACAGGCUUCCUCCAGGACGGUAAUGUCGAGAUCAUGAGUCUGAGGCAGGCAGUGGAGCAUGAACAAACUGCUGCACACCAAGCGAAAGCAGCCGCCCACGAUCCUUGGGGGCCUCCGAAUACCACCUGGGGUGAUGUCAGGCUCCAAGAUUUCUACUCCGAAAUGAAGGUGCGAGAGAAGCAGCAGUGGGUCGACCAGUGCCCCGAACGCAUAUUAUUCUGGCUCAAGGGUGUGAUGGCUGCGGAAAGAGGAGAGGAGGUCGAGAACAUGCAGGUUUUUCUGGAUGAGCUCGAUAAGAAGCGGGAGGAGUACGAGAAGGGUCUAAGUGAGGGGUGGGGGUCAGUCAGUUGGAACAAUAAUUGGGGUUGGGGCGGAGGGGUCAAGGAUGAGGUAGAGCAGUGGCAGCUUCCGGAAGAUGGGUGGGUCCAGGCGGGACCGAAACGGAAACGCAAGGGAAAGAGGACAUCCUGGGACAAGCAAGGCGGCUACAAUGUUCAAGGUGGCUCAGACGAGAUCGGUGCCAGACAUCCAAUAGGCAACUCGAAUGUACCGUCGGUGGCUCGGAAGUUCACUCAGCCUCAAUCUGCUAAUCUUGUUCGAAAGCAGAAGAUGAAUGCUUUCCUCAAGAUGCCGCUCGAUCAAAAAGCGGACAAGAUCCAGGAGAUGAUUCAUUCUCUACGCACAUGAAGCAAUCUCACCUCACAUUUCCAUCUCCUCAUGAUAUUUCACAAGAAUCUGGCACUUCGACUUCAUCCACAUGCUCACAUACCAGGUCAUGGAUCUAAAUCACUUGUACAAUACCCAUUCGUGGAUGUACAAGUAUCAUCUUCUGUAUUUGCCGGUAUUUAUAGCCGUCCCAUCGCAUGGUGCGGGAAUUGGGGAUUGAAGAGCUAAGUUCUGCCUAUGCCAACGUUAUGCUUUCAGUGACUCAGGCCGAGUAGUAGGUGAAGCGUUUCGAGAGCGGGGUACUAUAUAUGGAAGCGCGUAUUCGUUCUGUGCAUAAUCCAACUAAACCCAUAUUUCUUGGGUCUUUGGGCGAUUGAGCACCUCUGAGUAUCCAAGGAGUCUUCGAGGAGUCAGCCGAACCAGCUGCGCAUCAAAUCAUAAGACGUUCAGGUGAGCACGGCAACUCAUUUUGAAUUUCGGACUGCUGUGUCAGAGCAUUGCCUGCAAUCGCGCAGCCUUGGUCGACAGCGGAAGGCGGUGAAGUGACAUAUAGAUUUUGUGCGUGGAAGGCGCAGAGGCGGGUGUCACUGGGCAAUAUAAUAUGCCACUGUCAGGAUCAUGAGCGGUUCAUGUUCCAGAGUGCUUAUCGGAUCUAGCUAUAUCAUCGGAAUUAAGCGUGGACGCUGUGCACAUAUUCGACCCCUAACCAAGGAAUGCUAUGGGACAGAUGUGGUACGCGGACGCUGGAGGCGAUGACGCAUUCAAACCUAAACUGGUUCAGGCCGGAGGUAUAUAAAUCCUCAUGGCAUUUUCAUUCUACUUCCCGCUUUCUCUCACACAUCAUGACCACGGACGAAAUCCCUCUGCCCUAUGGCUGGAUUAGAGAAGUCGACCCUCGAACUGGCCACCCAUUUUAUGUGCGCGAGCACAGUUCGGCGCUUGAUCAUCUUAAUACUGAUCGACCGUUUUGUACUAGGUGGAUACCAAAGCGGACCCGCCCCGUUCU